GUAGAAAAGAUAGGUUGUCUCCUUCUCUCUCUGUCAGUCUCUCACCGACUUUCUUUUGCUUUAAUCCGAGGUGGCUACGCUUCAAACUACUGCGAACAAAAUGGUGCUUAAAGCUGUUUGUGUGCUGAAAGGAGCCGGCGAAGCCACCGGGACGGUGUACUUCGAACAGGAGAGCGACUCCAGCCCGGUGAAGCUGACUGGAGAAAUCAAAGGCCUCACUCCAGGCGAGCAUGGCUUCCACGUCCACGCCUUUGGAGACAACACUAACGGGUGUAUCAGUGCAGGCCCUCACUUCAACCCGUUCAACAAAACUCACGCUGGUCCAAAGGAUGCAGACAGGCAUGUCGGUGACCUGGGCAACGUGACCGCAGGUGCCGAUAACAUAGCCAAAAUUAACAUCAUAGACAGUGCAAUCUCCCUCACCGGCCAGUACGCUAUCAUUGGCAGAACCAUGGUGAUCCACGAGAAGGCCGAUGACCUGGGCAGAGGCGGUAACGAAGAGAGCUUAAAGACUGGCAACGCUGGCGGACGGCUGGCUUGUGGCGUCAUAGGCAUCACCCAGUAAAAAUACCACUGUGGAAAAGAUAGAACCUGAAACCACUUAAAAGACCAUCUUGGCUACUCUGUGUUUUUUUUUGUUUUUUUUUCUUUUUUUUUACCAUUUAAUGAGCCAGCAUUUAUGCUAUUCUUAAAGCACUUGUCUGUCUGCUGGGACACCAAAAAGACGUUGCGCACAAGUUGUAACUGACAGCAAACAAACAUAAUAAAGAGUUCAUCCUCAUGCUUAAUGUUUGUAUGUUUAAAUUGUCGUGAGGCUACUUUUUUGUUGGACAGGCAGCAUGAGCAAUAGAUGUGAAUUUAAUUACUGUAUGUUUCCAGAUAUAAUUUUUUUUUCAUACUUUUUCUGUAUGGUUAUCCAUUUUACAACGGUAGUACUUAAUUAGCCAAUUGGCUCAGCUUUGAUGCUAACAUUAGCUACUCUCUGACUCACAACACAGACUAUGCAACUGCUCAUAAUGUUAAUAAAUUACGUUGUAUUGAAAACUA